UCCCCCAAGAUAGGAGUAAGGAUUACAACACACCAGUGAUACAAGAAACUUGAAGAAAAAACCCCUUGGAGAAAUUGUUGCAAGAGUAAGAAACAAGAAGGCAAUAAAGUAUUGGUGUGUUUGCAAAUUCACUCGACAUGCAUUUUCAUCAGCCCUCAGCGAAGUGAGAAGAAGGCGAUGGCAAAAAAAAUGCCAAAAUCUUCAUCCCCACCAAGCAACCAAACCCCGCCAGAAAGGGUCCAGAUACCACCAAUCUAACAACCAAGGCUACAUAUCGACAAUCUGGACGUUGAUCUCUGGCUGCCGUCAAGGUGUCCUUUGGAAGGGCUGUAAUUGUCAUAGCCGCCUUGCAAAUCAGUAUACAAUAUUUCUCAGCUGUACCUCUAUUCGUGGUGACGCACGAAGAAAAAAAAACCAGAUAUGGACGACAACGAGAUGAUGACGGCGCUCAUGAAAAGGCUCACCACCGGGCAUGGUGAAGGUCAGCCAAUACCAGAGCUCCCCCCUUCCCUGGCCUUCACCAGUGGCAAGAGCUCGGAAGAGAUCCUUGCCGACCUGAACAAAUCGCCCUUGUUCAUGACAGAACUGGAGGAGAACGACGACGUUGCCGCCCUGCAAGCACUAGCCUACGAAGGCACCCCGCUCGAGAACGCAACAAACUUCAAGGAACAGGGUAACGAGUGCUUCAAGGAGAAGAAGUGGGCCGACGCCAAGGAGUUCUACGGCAAGGGCAUCCAGAUCGUCGUUGCCGAGGACCGGCGGCGCGACAAGGGGGAGCCGCCCAAGGAGGGCGACUCGGACUCCCCCGACGAGGUGCGGAAGCAGCACGCCGUGCUGGAGGUGCUCUACGUCAACCGCGCCGCCAGCCACCUGGAGCUGCGCAACUACCGGAGCUGCACGCAGGACUGCGCCGGCGCCCUGCGGCUCAACCCGCGCAACGUCAAGGCCUACUACCGCUCUGCCCGGGCCCUGCUCGCGCUGGGCAAGGUGCGCGAGGCCGACGACGCGUGCGCCCGCGGCCUCGCGGUGGCGCCCGAGAACGCGGCGCUGGGGGCGCUGUCGGGCGAGAUCGCCGCGGCGGCGGCGGCGGAGGCGGCCAAGUCCGGGAAGGAGAGGGCGGCGGCCGAGACGGCGCAGAGGCGGGCGAGGGUGCUCAAGGCGGCGCUGCGGGCGCGCGGCGUGCGCAUGCGGGCGACGGAGAAGCCGCCCGAGAUGGAGGACGCGAGGCUGCAGCUGACUCCCGACCCGGAGGACCCGAAGAGCGCGCUGAGCUUCCCCACCGUGCUGCUGUACCCGGCCCACCUGGAGUCGGACUUCAUCAAGGCGUUUGACGAGAGGGAGUGCCUGGAGCAGCAUUUCGGUUACGUCUUCCCGCUGCCAUGGGACCGCGACGGCAGCUAUAGCGCGAAUAACGUGCAGUGCUACAUGGAGACGCUGACGGGGGGCUUGGUCAAGGUCGGCAAGAAGGUUCCACUGCUCAAGGUUCUGAGCGCUGGGAACGUCGAGAUCGUCGACGAGCUCGUCAAGAUCUUCGUGGUCCCCAAGUCGAAGGCAGAGGGGUGGGUCCAGGAGUUCAAAAUGAAGAAGGCGGCGGAGAAGGGUGUCCAGAAGUAGGAAAAAGGGGGUUGUGUGUUUUCAUUUUUCUCCCCAGGCCCGGAUAGCAGCCAUACGAGGGGGAGUCAUUGUACGCUCGCGAAAACGAUAGAUCCCAUUGAUGAUACCCUAACCCGAGUUGCGA